GCUGAAUGUCAGUGCGGGGCUGUGGGCCGGGGAGGAAGGUGGUUGGAGGUCCCGCCGCCACCGCCUCCGCCGCUGCCUCUUCCACUUGUGCUGCCGCCGCGGGCACUCGGCCGCUCGGCCGGUCGAGCAUGAGACCGUGAGGAGAGCGACGGGCCGGGGCCGCCGACAUGUUUGGCCGCUCGCGGAGCUGGGUGGGCGGGGGCCACGGCAAGUCCUCCCGCAACAUCCACUCCUUGGACCACCUCAAGUAUCUGUACCAUGUUUUGACUAAGAACACCACCGUCACAGAGCAGAACCGGAACCUGCUGGUGGAGACCAUCCGUUCUAUCACCGAGAUCCUGAUCUGGGGAGACCAGAAUGACAGCUCUGUAUUUGACUUCUUCCUGGAGAAGAACAUGUUUGUUUUCUUCUUGAACAUCCUGAGGCAGAAAUCGGGCCGCUAUGUGUGCGUUCAGCUGCUGCAGACUUUGAACAUCCUCUUUGAGAAUAUCAGUCACGAGACUUCACUUUAUUACCUGCUGUCCAAUAACUAUGUGAAUUCCAUCAUCGUCCACAAGUUCGACUUUUCUGACGAGGAGAUCAUGGCAUAUUACAUAUCGUUCCUGAAAACACUUUCGCUCAAGCUCAACAACCACACUGUCCACUUCUUUUACAAUGAGCAUACCAAUGACUUUGCCCUGUACACAGAAGCCAUCAAGUUUUUCAAUCAUCCCGAAAGCAUGGUUCGAAUUGCUGUGAGGACCAUCACCCUGAAUGUCUACAAAGUGGACAACCAGGCCAUGCUGCACUACAUCAGGGACAAGACUGCCGUCCCCUACUUCUCCAACCUGGUCUGGUUCAUCGGGAGCCACGUGAUCGAGCUCGACACCUGCGUGCAGACUGAUGAGGAGCACAGGAACCGGGGCAAGCUGAGCGACCUGGUGGCCGAGCACCUGGACCACCUGCACUAUCUCAAUGACAUACUGAUCAUCAACUGUGAGUUCCUCAAUGACGUGCUCAGCGACCACCUGCUCAACAGGCUCUUCCUGCCCCUGUAUGUGUCCUCCCUGGAGAGCCCCGACAAGGGAGGAGAACGACCGAAAAUCAGCCUGCCUGUGUCUCUCUAUCUCCUGUCACAGGUCUUCCUGAUCAUACAUCACGCACCGCUGGUGAACUCCUUAGCUGAGGUCAUUCUGAAUGGCGAGCUGUCUGAGGUGUAUGCCAAGACUGAGCAUGACGUUCAGAGGAAUUCUGCCAAGCCCAGCAUUCGGUGCUUCAUUAAACCCACUGAGUCCCUGGAGCGGUCCCUUGAGAUGAACAAGCACAAGGGCAAGAGGCGGGUGCAAAAGAGACCCAACUACAAAAACGUUGGGGAGGAGGAGGACGAGGAGAAGGGGGCUGCCGAGGACGCCCAGGAAGACGCCGAGAAGGCUAAAGGUACAGAGGGUGGUUCCAAAGGCGCGAAGACGAGUGGGGAGAACGAAGAGAUCGAGAUGGUGAUCAUGGAGCGCAAGCUCUCGGAGCUGGCCGCCAGCCCCUCCCUGCAGGAGCAGAACACCACCGACGAGGAGAAGAGCGCUGCGGCCACGUGCUCUGCGGGUGUGCAGUGGAGCAGACCCUUCCUGGACAUGGUGUUCCACGCCCUGGACAGCCCCGACGACGACUACCAUGCCCUCUUCGUGCUCUGCCUCCUGUACGCCAUGUCCCAUAACAAAGGCAUAGAUCCUGAAAAACUAGAGCGAAUCCAGCUGCCGGUGCCAAAUGAAGCUGAAAAGACCACCUAUAACCACCUGCUGACCGAAAGACUCAUCAGGAUCAUGAACAAUGCUGCCCAGCCAGAUGGGAAGAUCCGGCUGGCGACCCUGGAGCUGAGCUGCCUGCUCCUGAAGCAGCAGGUCCUGGCUGCCUCGGGCUGCAUCAUGAAGGACGUGCACCUGGCCUGCCUGCAGGGUGCAAGAGAAGAGAGUGUCCACCUCGCAAGACAUUUUUACAAGGGAGAAGACAUUUUUUUGGACAUGUUUGAAGAUGAGUAUAGAAGCAUGACGAUGAAGCCCAUGAAUGUGGAGUAUCUCAUGAUGGAUGCCUCCAUCCUGCUGCCCCCGACAGGCACGCCGCUGACAGGCAUUGACUUUGUGAAGCGACUGCCGUGUGGUGACGUGGAGAAGACCAGGAGGGCCAUCCGGGUGUUCUUCACGCUGCGCUCCCUGUCGCUGCAGCUGCGAGGGGAGCCGGAGACCCAGCUGCCGCUGACCCGGGAGGAGGACCUGAUCAAGACCGACGACGUCCUGGACCUGAAUAACAGUGACUUGAUCGCGUGCACAGUGAUCACCAAGGACGGUGGCAUGGUCCAGCGAUUCCUGGCUGUCGACAUUUACCAGAUGAGUUUGGUGGAGCCUGAUGUGUCCCGGCUUGGCUGGGGAGUGGUCAAGUUCGCAGGCCUUCUGCAGGACAUGCAGGUGACUGGCGAGUACGACGACAGCCGCGCCCUGAACAUCACCAUCCACAAGCCCACCUCCAGCCCCCACUCCAAGCCCUUCCCCAUCCUCCAGGCCACCUUUGUCUUCUCGGACCACAUCCGCUGCAUCAUCGCCAAGCAGCGCCUGGCCGUGGGGCGCAUCCAGGCCAGGCGCAUGAAGAUGCAGAGGAUAGCGGCCCUCCUGGACCUCCCGAUCCAGCCACGAACCGAAGUCCUGGGGUUUGGACUUGGCUCCUCCUCCUCCACCCAGCACCUGCCUUUCCGCUUCUAUGAGCAGUGUCGCAGGGGCAGCAGCGACCCCACCGUGCAGCGCUCUGUGUUUGCAUCUGUGGACAAGGUGCCGGGCUUCGCCGUGGCCCAGUGCAUAAACCAGCACAGCUCGCCAUCCCUGUCAUCGCCGUCACCACCAUCUGCCAGCGGGAGCCCCAGCGGCAGCGGGAACACCAGCCACGGUGACUCGGGGGGCUCAUCCUCCACCCCCUCCGCAGCCCAGAGCCCAGCAGAUGUCCCCACCACUCCAGAGCAGCCUCCGCCUCCGCCUCACCUUCCCGACCAGCUGGUGACCGGCAGGGAAGCAGAAGCAGACGCCAGGCCCAGCAGGAGCCUGGCCCGGGGCCCAGAGCUGGAGACCGCACACCUGUCCCCCAGCCUGCUGCCCGCCCAGCAGCCCACCAUCUCCCUGCUCUACGAGGACACUGCUGACGCACUGAGCGUCGAGGCCCCGACUUUGGUCCCACCUGUUGACCCCCACAGCCUCCGUGCCCUUACUGGCAUGCCCCAGCCUCCCACGCCAGCCACCACGGGCACCGAGAGCCCCGACGAGGAGGCUGCGUGGGCAGAGCCCGCGGGCCCCGCCGAGCACUGAGUGGGCGCCCGGGGCCUCCCCUGUGCGUGCGGCCCGCUGGUAGGGACCCCAGUGCAGUGACGGCCAGACCUCGGGAGCACCCACAGUUCUGCGCGCCCCGGUACCGCUCUGCCCCCACCCCAAGACUACUGCACUCCACCUGCCGCCGCCCUCACUCGGACCUCCACGGAGACCCGUGCACACAGAGCAUGAGGCCACCUCAGAGAGGCAGGAGGCGUAGUGGGCCCGGGCAGGAGCCACCAGCACCCUCUCCCUCGGUGGCUCCUCUGUCGCCCUCCCUGCCGUGCACAGAAGAACCAGACAGGGUCACUGUGGGUACAAGUUUGUAGCAGAGCGAACUCAGAUUCUCCUUCGGCUACUUAUUCCUGCGUUUGGCAGCAGAUGAAAAACAUUUACUUAAAAGGCAUCUCUCUGGGGAAAAAGGUCCAAAAACAUCCACGACUCCAAGGCCGGGUGUCCCGUACCAGGGUAAGGGUGGUGUUUAGGUGGUUUGUCUCCCUCAGUUUCUCCGUGUUCGGUUGUAGACUCUUAGUGUCGCUGACUCCGUUUUCUUAAUGAUCCUUAUUUCUCUCUUACCGACUCUGCAAGCCUUGGAAUGGUAAAGUACCUACCUGAAAAGUUUAGUUUAUUUCUAAAUAAAACCGAGGGAGUUUCGUGGA